ACUUACGUUUGUAGUCUCUGUACCAAAACCCGCAAAACGUUGAGAUCGAGAUUCUCAACGCAACAGAUAACGCUACUGUCUAUAACUCUAAGCAACAUUUACACAAACACGUUACAGGCACACAGAAAAACAUGUUCACAAUCUUUCAAACUUACAACAAUUUAAUUCUACAAGCUGUACUUUCUCUUUCCCUUACUUUACUUCUCACUUACCUCAAAAUCCCGGUUCUUUUCUUGCAAGGUCUUUUCACAUAUGUUCACCCUGAUCAUGUUGGUAAUAACAAUACUCAACAGGGUGUUAGAGCUGCCAUUCGAAGACCCUCAAGCUCCGAUUCAGGUUCUGGCCUUGAUGGGUUCCAGACGUUAUCGUCUAAAACAAAUGCUGAGCUCAAGAAGAGGAGUAAAGCCAAAGAAAAGUUUGAAUUCGAUGAAAAUAAUGCUCAGAUCUUUAGAUUGAAACUCGAUGAAGGUCAUCUUCAAACUCGGAUUUAUUUUAAGGAGUAUAAUAGUUCGUUUAUUUACUCAUUUGUUGGAUUGUCUUGUUUGUUGCUUUACUUAUAUUUGGAUGGGAAUCAAGAUUCUGGGGUUUUGGGUAAUGGAGUUUUAGUCGUUAUUUUUCUGGGGUUUGUUAGUUUCUCCAAAGUGUUUACAUCGUUAUUAAAAUUGUCGUUUGAGAAAUCUGCAUCGAAGAGGUCAGAGAGGCAACUGAGUUUGAUUGUUGGGUUUCUGGGGUUUGUUUUAGGUCUCAUGAUUUGUUCUGGGAUUGUUCCUAAAGUUUUGGAUUUUGAUUUUGGUUCCAUUGAUGGGUUUGGGAAGAUCUUUGUUGCCGUUUUAAUGGGUUGCAUUGCGGGUGUUCUUUAUAUGCCUGCAGGAAAGAGUGCUAGGUCAUUUUGGCUCGGAACUGAUCAGCUUCGGUGCAAUUUGCCUAUAAUUUAUUGUGGGUGGUUUGCUAGAAUGAUUCUAUAUGCUAACUAUUUGUUGAUUGUUUCUACGGCUUUGCUUUGGAUUAAUCCAUUGGCUGAAAUUCUUGUCAAGAAGAGGAUUAAUGAUAGUAAAGGAGCAAAUGCAACUAGUAAUAUCAGAGAUGCGGAGAAUUUGGUUGGGAAUGUUGGUUUUUCUCAGGAAGAUUUUAACAAGCUUAGGAAUUGGUUGUUGUUGUUUUCGGGUAUCAUUCAAAUUGUAGCUUUACGUCCAAACUUGCAGAUGUAUUUGAAUGAAGCCGUUUUGUCUUGGUACCAAAGAUUGCAUGCUAGCAAGGUCCCAGAUUUGGAUUUCAGUAGGGCUAAGGUUUUCCUGCACAAUCACUACUUGUGUCUUGUGGUUCUGCAGUUUUUCGCACCAGCAAUCAUGGUACUUCUCUUUCUUGGCAUGUCUGUAAUUGAUGGUAGCUCAUUAAAAAAUUUCAGAUGGGUUUGUGAUUUAAUUUCUUGCUCCGCAUUUGUUAAAGAAGUAGGUUUAUUUAUGGCUUGGUGGGUUGUCUUUGUUUGGGCUAUUUACACUUCAAUAAGCCUUUUGUUGUAUCGUCAUGGCAUUUCAUAUGUUUCUUAACGAAUUUGACUUUUUGUAUUUGCCUAAAUAUUUGGCCAUUGUAUUUUUGUCAAAUUUUGAGAAACCGUGUUUGUGCUUCUAAAUUCUUGUGGAUUCCUAUAUUUUUAAUUGAUGCGCUG